AAAAAAAAAAAAACAUACAAAUUAAAUAAUUACUAGGAUACAUGAAAGAAUCAUUCUGCAAAAAACAAGGCGGCUCGUCGCCAUGUGCCGCCUGUAAGCAGCUGAGGCGGAGAUGCACACCGGAGUGUGUGUUUGCACCCUAUUUUCCGGCAGACGAGCCACAGAAGUUUGCCGGAGUUCAUAGGGUUUUUGGGGCUAGCAAUGUCACCAAGAUGUUACAGGAGUUGCCAGAGUGCCUGAGAGGAGAUGCCGUCAGUAGCUUAGUCUACGAAGCUAAUGCUCGAAUGCGGGACCCAGUCUACGGGUGUGUGGGGGCUAUUUCUCACCUGCAACAACAGGUUGAUGGGCUCAGCCAGCAGUUGGCUCUGGCCCAAGCCGAGGUGGUCCACCUUAGGGUUCAUCAGGCCGUGUUGGGCCAAGCCAAUAGCCCAAUCGAUAACGGGUCUCCGCUAUCAUACUCCUUGUUAGACCCCAACCCAUCUUUCGACUUGGAUGUGAUGCUUGAGCAGGACUCACUCGAAGAAUGUAUGUGGUUGUGUAAUUAAGUUGUAUAAAGUUAAAAUUCAAUAUGAUCAGAAACCAUUCAAUAGGAGCCAAAAGAAAUGCCACUCACUGUCUAUAUUGUAAUGAAAGUGGUUUUAUGGCUUCUAAAUGGUGUAAAAUUUAGCAAGUUUAACUAUAAAAAAUAAAAAAAUAAAUAAAUA